GCAAUUGUUGUUGUUUUGGUUAUACUUGAAGCGAUAUUUAGGGUUUAUUAAAUUCAUGAUAUAAUACGUUGAAGGUUUAUAAAGAGGAAUGAAUAAGAACGGACGGUGACCAAGUCGGAGCAAUUUGGGAAUUAUUUCCCAUUGGAAAUAUGUCGACGAAAGUUCUCAACGUAUUAGAGAACAGAGGCAGCAAAAAAUACAAGUUUCUGAAGAAAAAGGAUAGAUUGAACCUGGUAAACAUUGGAGAAUAUAGACCUUGGACAGAACCGGUCCGUCAAGAAAAACUUAAAAAACCAAAUUUUACUUUCUUCAGAGAGGCUUUGGACUAUUGGUCAGAACUGGACGUUUCUGCAGACUUUGUCAGUUUUCGGCAGAAGACAAACCUCUAUGGUCAUUCUUUAUCACUAUUGUUAGCGAAACGUAGACGUACUGUGAAACUUUUGUUGAAUAGAUUACGUAAGAGACCGAGAACUAUUGCAUUUCAGAGUCUAUGUGGUUGUCUUCUUGCUUUUGUGAGAGAUAUCAGACACCGCUUCGUGGAGUAUAUUCCUGUAACUUGGAAGGUUUUAUCGGAAUUUAUGGACUUUGAAAGCGAAGAAAUAAUGUCUUGUAUAUUCUCUACAUUGAAUAGCCUCGGAAAAAUCUUAUGGGAACCCAUGUUGAAGCAGUUUCCGAAGACUUGGAAUCUCUGGAAGCCCUUCAUUGUACACAAGACAAGUCAAGUCAGAGUGUUGGCUGCUCAGUGUUUUGGUUUUGUCCUUAGAAAAGGAAUUGUGGAAGAUAUGCUCCCGAAUAUGAUAACUCAAAUAUUCCAAGAAGUAACAGUUCCUUCCCUAGAGUCUAUUAAAUGCAGAGAAAUGCUUCAACGUACUGUCGAUGGAGUUUGUGAGAGUUUUAUACAAAUCUUAGUAUCACCUAUCGGAAAGCAAUUGUUAUCAAAGUCUGACUUGGUUUUGAAGACAUUACUACAACAAGCAUUCAUGGACAACGAAUGUUUUGCUUGUUCUGGGUUUUUUGUUUUGCAGCAAUUGUUUGUAAAGAUUUUGAAGCAAAUUCCCUAUUCAGGAACGCAGUGGUUGUUCGUGCAUUUAUUAGACUUUUUGAAGUAUGACUUACUUUCCAAUGAGGUAGUUAUAGUGAAUAAUAUAGAAAACAAGUCUUCAUGUCGCUUUCCUUACUUUUUGUCUAUAUGUUUGAUGGGCUUUUGUUGUUUGAAUGACUUUUCCCAUGUCAUUACUAUCGAUAACAUUUGGAAUGCUUUUCAAUCGAUACUUCAAAUGACGGACAUCAUCACUGAAAGCUAUGUCAUGGAUGCUUUUUCUUAUUCUUGUCUAUUUUAUUCUUUGGAAAAUUUGCUGUUACUUUUGGCAAACGAGGAUGCAUCUCAGUUGAACAUUCUUUGGAGUCAGUUGAUGGAACAGUAUAUUCGAAAUGCAUACUUUCCUCUUUUUCUGAAGAGAAUGAUUGUAUCUAUAUCUUAUCAUUCGAAGCUUAUCAAUAUUUUUUGCCAUAAUAGUUUAUAUUUAUAUUGGGAACGAUUCAAAGUUUGUCCAGAGAAUGAACUUUAUUGGCAAGUUCUUUUGGCUCUUUGUAAACAACAUGUAGAGAUUGACGUUGGUAUCGACGUGAUUCAACAGCUCUUUACAUCUGCGUUAUCCUAUCUUUCCAAUCAUACAAGUGAAAUGUCAUUGUUUAGGUCGUUGCUUGACAUUUGUUGUGAGAUACGAAAUGACAGAAUGUUGAGAGAAUGGGAAUCGUUUCUUGAGAAGUAUUAUUUAAAGAAUGGACAAGUAGACUCCUCUUCGAAAUGGUUAAUGUCACGAGUAUGUUCAAAAAUGCUGAUUUCCGGUUGUUCUUUGAGUAGUUGGUUUCAUGAAUGGAUUCAAGAGCUGGUUUUCCUAGAAGAUGAAGUAGAGAUGCAAGUCCUACGAGCAUCUUUGAUUUCCCUACAGACACAUGGUGUAUUAUGCAAGAAAACAAGAGUUUCUUUCAACUUGAAGGAAAUUGCUCCCAAUCAUUUGUUAAAGUGCCUACUAUUUGCUUCUAUCAAGAAACGACAAGUGGUUUUGGAAUUGUUGUCAACUAUUGGCAAGUGGGUUGAAUGGAAGGAUUGUUCCGUGUUCGAGUUGAUUUUUGCUGUUGAGAAUGUACCAAAGAUUCCAACAUAUGUUUCAGAGUCACUUCUAAAAACUCAACGUGUCAUUGACUAUUUGCAAUAUCAAAGAAAAGGAUUGACCUCUAUUGCAGAUAGUUCACCCGUUAUGUACGUAUUGUGUUUUGAAACUCUGACGUGGUUACGAUGUGAAUUAUCACCUGUGCAACCAAAUAUUUACGAAAUAUGGAAACACUUGUGUAGACUGUGUCCGAAUGCGGUGUUGUUUGCAGUGAAACAAGUAUUGUCGAUGGAUUUGUCACAAAUAACGAAGGAACCCCGGACAUUAGAGGAACAUAUAUCUUCAGUCAUGUGUACCGAACAUUCGCAAAUACAAAACGCCAUUUUUCAAUGGAUUCAAUUGAACCAGAAGCAUUUCAAGUCUUUCAUAUUCUAUUAUGAAGCCUUAAAAAGUCUCCUUGAGAAUGGCCAAAAUUCGAACGAUUCUAAAGUAAUGGAGUUUUCAGAUAUAAUAGAAAGUGAAUGCAAGGAAAAAGAUUGGUUAGAUGAAAGAAUGAAUUUUAAUUCUUGGCAUAUUCAAUUGUUGAAAGCAAUAGAAGCAACGCUUCCUGAUAGCGAAAUCAUCGCAUUGCAUCUUUUGAAGAGUUUUUUUAUGAUUGUGGUUGGCAGAAAUGCUGCUAAGAACGCUUUCGCAGAAUGGAGUUUCAAGUUGAUGGAACGCUAUUUAUCGCUUUUCUUGUGUUGUCAUAAGGAACAACAUCGUUUGACAACAUUUGCAGAAUGGGUAAAAGACAAUUAUCAAGCCAUUGAAGACCGACUCUUAUCAGUAAUUGUAAGUGGUAAAGGUAAUACUCAACAAUUGGCAUUAUCAUGUCAAGUUCGUUGUAUGCAGCCUUUUUUGUCAUCAUAUGAAACUUGGUUAAUUCGUUUGCAAAGUUCAAAGCAUUUUAAGGACGUUUAUACUCAUUUCUUUGCGGCAUUAUUUCAGAAUGUGAGCAUUCAGAUGCUGGGAACAUCGGAAAGUUCGUUAUCCAUUCAAACCUCACAUUUAGUGGAAAUCAAAAAGUUGGUUCUUCAGAUAUUACUUGGAAAGUUGAAUGAUAUUACUGAAAAAGCUAAACUUGAAACCAAUGUUUUGACCUUACUUUCAGGGUUUAGAGAACCUGACGAUGUGAACCUUCUUUGGCGUUUGUUAUGGCAACCUUUAUUAGAUUGUAUGGGUCUUGACCAAGUAGAGGAGGUACUCGAGCGCAUAGAUGAUAUUCCUUGGAAUGAUAAACUUCGUUUCAGUAUUUGUUUGGAGAAAAUACAGAAAGCCAUUCCUCUUUCUUUAUUUGCGCUGAACAUGCGAGAAACUUUGCAAAGGUGGUGCAUUGGUUGUUUAUACCGUACUCAAGAUGGAAAUGUCUUUAUGGAGAGUAACAAAGGAAUUAGACAUCAACUUCGGUCAGUCAGUCUCUAUCUCUUAUCUUCUAUCAUAGACUCUUCCUUGCCUCUUUCAGAGUUCAUGAUUUCCAAUAUCUUUGACUGGUUAAGAAACAUGCGUUCUACGUUGGAAGCAUAUCGACCAAAUGACGGUCAAACACCAGCAAUGUUAAUAGCUCUGGAUAAGAUUACCUCUUGUGAACCUCUUACCUUUAGAAUUAUGGAAAAUCAACAUCUCUGUGAAUGUUGUAUUGAAUUGAUGCUCAAAUUUAUUCGUUAUUACCGUCAAAAUGAAGAUACAUUAUUCUACUGUGUGUCUAUUUGGAAGCAUUUAUUUAGUGUCGCUCAAGACAACAACAUUUGUUUGAGUUGUUUGGAAGGAAAAUCCAAGCGAGAAGAGAUAUGGCUAUCCUUGACAAACAACAUUUUUCGUAUUUGGGAUACAAUUAAGCGUCCUGGUAAAAGUCAUUCGAGGAAGCUUCAGUCGCUGGAUGCUCUGUUGGAAAUGAUGCUUCAAUUUGAUUAUCAUCAAAGCGUCACUACAGGAAUAGAUAAACAACUCCAAAGUCCUUUUGAAAAAUUGUUAAAGCACAUAGUUUCCACUCUUGGAAAUAUUCAUUAUUGGAAACAUGCAUCUCAUGUGGCAGAAAAAAGCAAAGACUUGAUGGCUUUAUACAUUCAAAGAAUGGAUGGUCAGAAGUGGCUUUCACAUUUAAUUUGUUCAAAACUGGCAUAUAUUCUUUUCGAAUUGAAUACCGUCAUUCUAGAAGAUCACUGUGUUAUUGAGAAGGUGGAUCAGAUGUUACUUGAAUUGUGCAAGUGUCUUGCCGAGAAAUUAUCAGAAAGUUGGCUAAAUGUUGUUUCGGAACAUUUGCCUGAUAUGUUGUGUAUCGUAAAUGAAAAUGGCAAAGAUUGUAUAGAGAUAGAACGAAGAGUCAAUGCUUUGGAAGUCGUUGUAUCCAAUUUAGAGUCAUUGCUCGAUCUAACAACAGAACAUAGUGUUGAAGGAUUGUUUGUUUCUAAUGAAAGAGAUUGUCCUCCUAGUUACAUACCUUUGCUAUUGCUUAGUUACGCAUGCUUCAGAAACAUAGUUUUAGAGGACCUUAGUUUAUGCAUUUUGGCUGGAAGAGGUUUGAAAGCAGUAGGAAGAUUUCUCAUUUCACAACUUGCAAAGAAUGUAAGCGAUUCUUCGAUGCAAUAUGACAUUGUGUUGCAACAACUAGUAGAGUCAUGUAACGUGUUGUUGUUUUCACAUUCCUCUUUUGGCAUACAACGGGUAUUGUUUAUGACUAUUGGUACUUGGGUAUACACUUGGUACUCUAUUUGUAGUGAUUCAAGCCGUCGAACUAUUCAGAUACCUUGUUUAGAAUGCUUCUUUCCGAUGAUAUCCUCUAGUUUAAGCAAUAUAGAAGAAAGUUGGUUUGCCAAUAUGGUCCAUUUACAAUUACAUCGUCGUUGUCGUGCGUGUUUAGAAAUCAGUCGCAAAGUGGACGUUUGUCAACCUUUUGCUAAUAUACUCAUGAAAUUUGCUAUUUCAUGGACAUUUCAAAGAUGUUUGGAAUCCAUCAAUGCAACUAGAAAUGGAACAAUGGAGCGUUGGUAUCAAGUAAUGAGUAUAUUGGUCGAUACGAGUGUCCAAAAGAUGGCGUGGCAAGAUUACAAACAUUUUUUGGAAAGAAUACUAAAGAAAUGGAUUCAUAUGAAGAAUUGUAUGCAUCCAACUUCUAAGAAGGAGUGGAAUCUAUGGAUAAAACUUGGCGAGAUUUUCAUUUCUUCGUUACCAAAAUGGAUAGAAUUGGAGAAUAAGAACAGAAAAGAAUUAUACUUGGGAAGGGAUACGAACGACGAUGGAGAUAUUCAUGAGUCACAGCAAUCAGGAGUUGUUUAUGAUCCUUAUCAAAAUUAUAUGGAAGAGAGGUUGAUUCCUCUGAUUGCUCGAGUCUUGAAAGAACUUAGCUACUCCUCAAUCUCUAUUGAAGAGAAGAAAUAUAGCCGUAUCACUCCACAGUUUGCCGAUCUUCUCAUUCGUGCUUUGCAUAGUUUAGAUGAUUCUCAACGAGAAAAAUAUGUCAAUGAGAUUAUACGCUAUUUGACCAGUCAGAUACGUUCCAAGUCUCAGAGACAAAGAGAGUUGGCAAGAAAUUGUUUUUGUACAAUGUUGAAGCAUUGGGGAGUUUCUUAUAUGCGUCGUAUUUAUGAUGCAACGAAGGCCACUUGUCAGGAUGGAUUCCGUGUUUAUGUAUUGCGUUACUCUAUUUUUUAUUAUGUCAAAUGUCUAGCUGAGAAUAAUAUGAUCAUCCAAGAUGCUGAUUUGGUUAGAGAAUGGAUGAAUAUCUUUCAAGAGGAAAUUUCUAGUCUCGUGGAUGAUCAAGAAAAUAGAAUUCCCUAUCAAGAGUGUAAAGAAGUCUCCUCAUUUUAUAUUCAUGAUGCUUUAACUCUAUUGGCGAAGAUUGCACAAGGAAAGGAAUCGUGGGAUUUAUGGAAGUACUUUUUGACGAGUUGUUGUCGAUUGAAUGGAGUAAAAAAUCCUUCCAGGAAGAAACAACUUGUGCGCAAUUUCUUUCCGCAUUUGGUAAAAAGUUUAUUAUCUUGUCCUGAUUUGAAUCAAGCUCUUUGGUUUGUAUAUGCUCUCAUGAAGGAAAAGCAGCCGUUGACGGGAAAAGAUGGACAAAAAGAAGAAAAAUUAUCUUUGGAAGAGUCGUCUAUUCUCCUAUUGGAAUUUGCGUUACAAUUACUUUAUCGUCUACUGAAGCGUUUGAAUAGCCAAGUGAACCCAACUCAAUAUGAGGAUGUAUUGAAGACAUUCUUUCCAAUGGUCAAUCAGUUGUUUCGUACCAAAAACGAAUUUCUUUGUAGCUACAGUUUGAGAGUCAUUCAGUUGUUAUGGAAAGUAACUGCUCUUCCUCGUACACCAAAACACUGGAAUGAUAUCUUUCAAUAUGCUUCCAGUCUUUUAUCAAAUGUCAGUCGGUUGGAUGGAACAGGUUCCUCAAGCAAUGGUGCUUUGGUACAUGCUGCUAUUCGAACUUUGUCAACUAUCAUUACUAAGUUACCUGCAAAUGGUCACAAGAACAAAUCUUGGCAAGAAGAGUAUAUCAUUCCUCUAAUAAGAAUUAUGCAACAGAUAUUUUCUAGUGUUUCAGUAGAUUGGAUGCCUUCACUGUUGCAUUUGAUACGUGUCUUUGUGAAACAUCGUUUGGGCUUUCGUGCUCCUGAAAUGUUUUCACUGAUGAACACACUUUCACAAAUGGCAAUACAGAGUUCUGAAAAGGCAGUUCGUGAAGCUAUCGUGUCUAUAUGGAUCGAUUUCAUUUUACAUUAUCCAAUUCCUGAAAGUGUUUUCCAUGAAUAUGUUCAAUAUUUUGUCAGCAAUUUACAGUAUCCUUACUCCUUUGGAAGACAAGCAUCGGCAAAUAUUCUAUCCAAGUGGUUACUAGAAUCUUCCACUUCUCCUAUUUGGAAAGAAAAGGAAAUCUCCCUCUUUGUUGCGACAAGUGCUCAAAAGGCCAAUGAGGAAGAUUUGCAGGUUAGACAAACUUUUUCCAAUUUGCUAAUCACCCUAUUUUCUUGUAUGGAUGAACAAAGAAGAGUCUAUGUAUUGGAAAUGAUAGAAGAAUGGUCAUCCAAUGAAAAGAAGGAGUUGCAGUUGUUUGCCAUUGUCGUUGUCGAAUGUCUUUGUGAUAUUUCCAAUUUGAGAAAGUCAGAGUUGGCCCUACUGUUGAAAAUAAGUGGAAAGUGUUUGCAAUCGAUGAGUCUCCAAUUCUCAAGUUUGGAAGCUACUGACGUCCAUUUUGCAUUUGGAGCAUUGUUGUCUUGUUUGGAACGAAUUUUGAAGCAUCGACCAGAUUGGAUAGUACGAGAGUCUUUUUUAGAUAUUUAUAAGUGCAUGUGGCAAUAUGAAUUGUUUGCAACGAAUACUUUGUCAGUUCGUAGAAAAUUGGAUAGUCUUAUUGCAAGUUUGUCAUUGUCGCUUGAGACACUGAAUGGAGUACUGGAACGAAAAGCUGAGCAUUUAUUGCUACUAAAUGCUGAAGAUACUUUCUUGGCAACUUUAUUGAAUUGUUGUAUUGACCAUCUGAGUGUAGAUCCUUUGGCAGACGAUACUGCAAAACUUUUAUCAGAAAAUAUUAACCGACUGCUCAAUUGGAUGGAGAAGUUUCGUUCGAAUGAUAUUCGAAAGUCCACCGUGGAACAUAUAAGUCUCGAUUGUUUGAUGAAAUUGUCCAAAAUUGCUUCAGGUCCUAACCUACCUAGUGAUACAUUCGGAACUUUUCGACGUCAAAUUGCUUUAGAACUUGUAAGGGACAGAUUGAAAGUGGCUCAUUCAAUAUGGUCCACCAAUGUGAGCACGGAAGAAUCCUAUGCAAGACCUCUUAUCAGGUUAAUGCUUCGUUGUUGGAGAGAUUUCGGUGAACCACAAAGGCAACAACUGAAUCGGAAGAGGAAAAAGAAAUCUUUGAAAACGAGCCUGGAUGAAACGGAAACAAUUCAACUUGUAUUACAGGAUAUUGAAUCCUUAAGAAGGCAGUUGCAACAAGUGCAACUGGGCAAAGUAAACAAGUCACUUUCUGAACGCAACUGCAUAGAGCUUGUUUCUAAAUUGGUUGAAAGAGGACUAGUGCAAGUGUUGUAUACACAAGAUGGAAGAGAGUACGUGACUUUUGAAAGAUUGCAAGAAGAGGUGCUCGAAGAACUUAAGUUUCACGGGGGAAGACUGAAUCUCAUGGACCUUAUUUCUUUAUUGGGUGUUGAUCUACCUUAUAUUGAAAGCGCUACUGAGAGAAUUUUAAAGAGGGAUAACACACUUCGACUUGAACAAGGAGUUCUUUACAGUCAGACAUACUUUGUUAGUGUUGCCCAAGAAGUAGAAGAGCUUCUUCAAACCAUGAAUUUUACAACUAUUGCAGAUUUAUCUUCAAGGUUUGAUUUGAGGAUGGAUAUGAUGAGCGAAAUAGUACACAAGUAUUUGGAUACUAUUAUUCAUGGCAAAAUUGAGAAAAACAUUAUUUACAAUACUGGAUAUGUUCGACAGUUGGAAGCAACAGUAUUUGGAACUUUGAAAGCUGCUUGUUUACCUGUUUCAUUACAUCAUUUGGCAAAGAGAAUACAUUCAAGUGUGGAAUGGAUAAGAGAGAAUGCGGAGGUUUGGUGUGUACAAAAGAAGUUGGAAGGAUUUUUGCAGGGAAAUGGUGAAAAUACCUUAUUUGUCCCUAAUUUCUUUGAUAGGAAACGAUUUCAGAUCAUCGAAGAGAAUUAUUCACGUAAUCGAUAUGUCGAUUAUCGUUUUCUCAAAUUAUUUUACAUUCAGGAACCCCAGAAAUAUUGCCAAGAGCAUUUUGGUGAUGGUUUUCUGAUUUCAAGUUGUGCUGUUCAUCCAGAAAUGCUGUCUUUUUUAGAGUCAUCUUCUUUAGAUGCUAUAAGAAAUGGCCAUUGGUUGGACUGGAAUCUUAUAUUACCGAUACAUUGGAAAACAGAAGAUCGCCAGAUUCUGUUCUCCUUAACGUCGGAGCUGAAAGCUUGUUGCCUUUUUGAACCUUCAGAGCAACUUAAUCUAUUAAGAACAAAAGGUGAAGACAACAAUGAAAGUGGUGUGGGACUCGUGAUACGUUGGAGAUGGAUAUUUAGUAUUCAGCUGAUACGAAAGUUUUAUAAGCUCUUUUAUGAUUGGAGUAUGAAAGAAGCCUCAAGUUCAUUGAGUGAGGAAAAUAUGCUGGCUUCCGAUGAGUUGUACAAGUUGAAUGCCGAAACACAGUUACAGCAGAGCAAGAAGAAGAGAAAGGGGAAAACAAAGAAGGAAACUGUAGAAGAUAGGUCAACCAAUGAGACAGUGAUUUCCAAACUGAGUUUUUCACUGGAGCACUGUUUGCACUCGCUGCGACAAUACUCAGAGGUGGAACCAAUUUUUGAGUUCGAUGCUUUGGGAAAUACAAGUGAGGAAGACUUAUUGCGAAUUUUGGUGGAAGACAUAUUUUCUAAAGCCUGGGAGGAGAUACGAAGAGAUGUCAUUCGAGAGGCUAGAGAACAUCUCAUACUUGAAACUAAGACAAAGGAUGAAAAGCUUCGCUCAGAAUUGGUGAAGCUUUUGCGGCGACUUUAUUUCUAUUCUCGGAAUCUGAAGAAAUUCUCGGAUCAAAUUGUCGAAGAAGAAGAAAGAGACGUUCUUGAACAGGUUGAUAGCUACAUUUGUCGCACCUUGGGUACCGAAGUUUUGGAAGCAACUGUGACCUAUCUAGGUUUUACUUUAGGCUUUAGAAUUGAAGGACAAACUAUUUCGUCAAAGGAAUGGAGAAAAAUGCUUGAGAAACUUCCUCCAUAUAUGCAAGAAUCUGUAAAAAAGUUGGAAGCAAUUUUUCGAAAUGAGAACAAACAGAACAAGUUGGAGUCAUUUCGCUUGGCAGCUUGGUUACUGGAAUUCUAUGAUAGAUUUAAGAAUUCAGAGGUUCCAGUGGUGCCGAGCUUGUCCUCGCAGGAAACAGAACAUCUUCGACACGAAGAAUUUCAGGAAAUGAAGACUGCUUUGGAAAAUGCAAUGGAAGCACCAGAUAUCCUCUCUAAAGCCUUGAGGAUUAUGUUGGUGAAGCAUUUCGAUGUUUUUAUAAUCUUUCCAGGAAAGAGUAUUCCAAAACUUGUAAAAAUUGUUGAAGCGAGACUACAGUCAUCUCUUAACAACCAAUUACAAAAAGUCUUGUUACGACUUCAUGAAAUUGCGGUGGAUAGUUUGCGUGCAAAGACGGUAAAAGACACAAAAGAACGACAAACACAGAGUGAUAUAAACUCAGAGGAAGCCAUGUCAGUCAUCGAAGAAUUCAAAACCUUGUUAAAUGAUGAACACUAUUUAAAAGAGUGAGCUUGCUACUGAUGACCAACUGGAAGCGGAAUGAAUGAUUAACUGCAUGGCAGACUUUAUAUGUUAUAAAGAACACAAGCCGCGU